CCCCCUUCCCUUUUGGCCGUUUUUUUCCCCUCCUCCCUCUUUUCCUCCACCAUGAACAUUCCCCCCCUCUCGAAGCGCGUCUUCCACCGCUACGAUGCCGAUGGCUCGAACAGCAUCGACAAGUUCGAGUUUCAGCAGAUGGCCCUCUCCAUGGGCCACUUCAUGACCCAGACCCAGACCGAUCUCACCUUCCGCUCGAUCGACACCUCGGGCGAUGGCCAGAUCUCUUACGACGAGUUCCUCGUUUGGUGGCGCCAGUCCGACCGCUUCGACCAGUUUGAGAAGAUGUCCCCGGAGGACGAGGACAUUCUCAAGAACUGCGUCGACUUCUUCCUCUACUUCGACAAGGAUCGCUCCGGCGUCCUCAGCCGCGAGGAGUUCCGCAACCUGCACAACACCCUGAUCGAGCGGAAGUUCUACAACCUCACCUUCGACAAGGCCUUCGCCGAGCUGGAUCAGGACAACUCCGGCACCGUGGAGUUCAAUGAGUACAUCUCCUGGCUGGUGAAGAUCGGCUCGAUUCGCCUCCAUAGCGCCUAGUCAUGUGCCGCUUGCACGUGAUGGCACGCGGACUGGGCGGCGCCUGUUUUUCUCCCUCCCUCCCUUUUUUAUGUGCGCACUUGCGUGCGUGUGUGCCUGAAGGGGGGUCCUGGUCCGUGUGUGUGGUGUGUCUGCCCGUGUCUCGCCCCCCCCCCUCCCCAUGGGGACGGGGGCCAGGUGCCGCCUGACUGGCGACGGCCUCGACCCCCCCCCCCCCCCCGGCUGGCAUUCCCCCUCCUGGUUCGCCCCGUGUGGGAUUUUUUCCCCACACGCGCAUGUCUGCGCAUGCUUGCUUGCUGUGCCGGCGCGUGUGGUUGUGGCUCCCGACAUAUGUGUGUGUGAAAGACAGGGCAACACACGGCGGCAGCGCCAGCAGCCGAGCCUCCCACUACACUACUCCACGCCCCAUUUCCGGGGCGCGCCCCACGCAGACCAUUUCCCACCCCGUGCUGGCCCUCUCUGGCCGGCUUGUGUCGUCCCCAAAGUGCCAUAUUUUCCCUUUCGUGCAGGGUGCUGCCCCUUUCGUCGGUUAAGGGGCUCUGCAUCCCCCGCAGGCAAGGGGAAAGGGGGCGGGGCGGCUCGGGUCCCGGCGUGGCAAUCGGGCGAGAGUGUAUUGGGGCCCGGGGCCGCCUGCCGAUCUGUUCCCACCGCCGUGGUAUGGGGGCCUGCGUGCGUGUGCGUGUGUGUGU